AUCCCUCCCUCCACACACACACACACACACAUAUGCAUUCAGUCUGUCGCUCUCACAGAUACCAUUAGCACGGCUCUGUGGUGGAAAUAGAAAGCUAGAGAUAAAGUGAGAGAGACAGGAGGAUAAAAAGAAAAACAAAGAGGCCAAACAGGUGGAAUUAGGAAGAGAAACAACAAACUAUUCCUCAGACUACAGAAUGCAGCAGCAGUGGGUGUGUGUGGCUUUAUUGGCCCUCCUGACUGUUACAGCGACACUGGCAGAUGUUGGAAAAUCAGAGAAACAAGGUAAGAAAGAGCGUAAAUCGGACUGUGGCGAGUGGCAGUGGAGCGUGUGUGUGGCUAACGAGGGUGACUGCGGCCUGGGCACCAGAGAGGGCACGCGCACCGGCACCGACUGUAAACAGACCAUCAAAACCCAGCGCUGCAAAAUCCCCUGCAACUGGAAAAAGCAGUUUGGAGGUGAGUGUAAGUAUGAUUUUCAGGCGUGGGGUGAGUGCGACUCAACCACGGGAAUGAAGACGCGCAGCGGCGUGCUAAAGCGAGCGCUGAUGGACGCUGAGUGCGCGAACACCGUCAGCGCCACCAAACCCUGCGGCAAACCCAAGACCAAGAUACAAGAUUCACAGAAACCAAAACGGGAAGGAAAGAAAAAGGAGCGGAACCCAGUGGACUAGAGGAGAAACUCCACCUGCAUCCUGAAGCUGCUCUCCUUCUGCUCCUCAGGCAGAGACACGCGGAUGUGAGCCGAAGAGAUGACGCUGCUCCUUAUUUACAGUAGAAGAUUUGUAGCUUUAAUUUACAGCUCACAGAAUAAUACAGAAAUGAUGAAAGAAACACAAAUGAAUUACUGAUGUCUUCUGCUGAAUCUUCUAAUGUUGUACCAGCAACACCAGACCACCCAGCUAGCAAAAAUAUGUUCUCCAUUAGCUUAUGAAAAUAUUAUUUCUGAAUGUUCCAAAUGUCCAGGGUUUUUUUUAAAUGUUUUAAAACAUUUCUCUUGGUUAUGUGAAUGUUAAGGGAACAUUCCGUUUUAGAAUUUUGCAAAAAUUAUUGGAAUGUUACUUUUGAAUGUUCAUUUUGAAACAAGUAGUAACAUUUAAAAAAAACAUUCUAUGAACAAUGUAUAACCAGAAAAUGUUCUAUUCAUUUGAAGAGUGUUUGUUGAGAACUUUGUCAGAACAUUCUGGAAACAUCUGCUGCUAGCUGGGCGUCAGAGAUGAACAAAAUGUGAAAUUAAAGAACUGUCUUUUAAUUCAUGAGUGUGAACUGAAUUGAACUGGAAUUUGAAGUGGAAUUUACAGAACGCAAAAGAUCAUUAAAUGUACUUAAAAGAUACUUAAAGACUGGGAUAUGAAAUGUCCUUCUGCUAAAAAUAAAGUUACUAAAUACAAAAAUAUAAAAGAAAAUGAUCAUUAAUGUGUCUUUCUGAAGUAUCCCAUACAUAGAACGUUUAUGGAUAAUUCAUACUGAGAAAGAAAGAAAGAAAGAAAGAAUUCAAUUUUGAAUUCUGCAUCCUGUUUGGAACCACAAUUCAAAUUCAAAUUUAAAAUUUAAAAUUGUCAAUCCAGCCCUGAUGGAGAAUGAAAUGAAACCAUAACUAAAGUUAAACUAAUGCUUUAUAAAAGAAAUAAAGUCAUGAAUGUAACAUCAUUUCCAGUGAAUAAAGAUGUUAAUUAUUCCUUCC